AUGGCCACCGCAGUGGCCAAUGAGGACAGCAAAACCCCUUCAUCCCCCGAACUCGCCAUCACCGACAGCUAUACAGAUGAUAGAGGCCACACCGAUGGACUUGACGAUGCCUAUCUACAAGCCUCGACCUUUUCGAGAUUUUACAGGGGGGUCCUGUUUCAAAUGAUCCUCUUCGGAGCUCUCUCCUUCGUUGGCCCAGCGAUCUCUGACGCAAUAUCAAACCUCGGAGGUGGUGGCCUCUCAACCCCGUAUUUGGGAAACCUGGCGAACUCGCUCGACUAUGCAGCUUCGUGUUUGGUAGCUUUCAUGGGAGGCCCCUUGGUAAACAAGUUUGGUAUCAAGUGGUCUUGCAUGAUUGCGGCGGUUUCGAUGCCUCUUGCAGGGUCUUCGUACUACGUCAGCGCAAAGUACGGCAUAGAUUGCUGGUCUCGGGGUUUGCUUUGGCCUUUCUUUACGUCGCGGAGACGACGGCGAUGCUAUCAUACCCCAAACAAGACGAUAGGGGCUUCUAUUUGGGUAAGGAAACCACUUAAUAUAUCAUUCGGAUGA